GGCUUAAGGCAGGAACAAACGGAAUUUGUAAACCGGGUUAACCUCCAACCCUUCAACGCGCGCGUAGCGUCAUCCUUUUGGGUUGGCGACCCAGAAGAGAGCUAUGCACGUUGGGGCGGCGAUCUCCUCCUCUGCCGCCGUCGUCACCGCCGCCACUCGCUUCCCCUUGCACCAUCUCCGCCGCUACCCCUCAACAACUCCGUUGUCUUCGUCCCUCAGUAUGCCUCAUUUCCCACUUUCUUGUGCUGGUUCUUCAACCAAAUCACAGUCCCAAACCCUGAGGACCGCUGCAGCCGCGGAUUCGACGUCUGUUACGGAGCCUGCGAAGCCAUGGCUUCUCGUCGGCCUUGGAAAUCCCGGCAAGAAGUAUCAAGGCACCAGGCACAACGUAGGUUUUGAGAUGUUAGAUACCAUAGCUGAAGCUGAAGGGAUAUCAAUGGGUAGUAUUUCUUUCAAAGCUUUGGUUGGAAAAGGUCUCAUUGGAGAUGUUCCAGUUAUGCUUGCCAAGCCACAAAAUUUUAUGAAUGCAAGUGGUGAGUCUGUUGGGGCCAUUGUUUCAUAUUACAAGAUUCCGUUGAAGCAAGUGCUUGUGAUGUUUGACGACUUAGAUUUGCCCUUUGCAAAAAUGCGCCUUUUACCAAAAGGUGGACAUGGUGGACACAACGGGAUGAGAAAUAUCAUCCAUCACUUCAAAGGAAGCCACGAUUUUCCUCGUUUGAGAAUAGGUAUUGGGCGGCCACCAGGGAAAAUGGAUCCCAUCAAUUUUGUUCUUCACUCAUUCAAUAAACACGAACGCCAAGAGUUGGAGUUUACUUUUCAAACUGGCUUGGAAGCAGUGCGUAUCCUCCUGCUCAAGGGGUUUAAUAAAAGUGCAACAUUUGUCAACAGUGCCAAACCCUUGGAACAACUUGACUAAAGAAUCACUUUUGACUUGUGUUAUCAUUCUUGGUGACCACAGCAGCAGAUUAUUCUGACGAAUGAGAUCAUGUGGUCGUAUGCAUUAAAUGGCUUUUGUGGUUUCUGUUGGGAGAUUGGAAAUUCUUUGAAAAGCCCAUUCCAGCAACCAACUAAUUGAAUCAUUUUCGUUUUUGUUGCUUUUAAACUUGAGUUAUACUGAAUUGUACCCGAUUACAUGCGUGUGUUCAUGUUACCCAGUGGGUUCCAAAUUAGUACAGCGCUUUCCUUUUUUCCUUCAUUUUUUGUUUUAAAACAGCACCCCACCCCAUCUUUUUUGGCCCAUUCUUUUUGUUUGUGGAAUGGAUGGAGGAAUGUUUUGGCACUGUGAGCUUCAUCGUCUUCUUGGGAAAGCGUGUUCGGUUUUUCAGAACUCUGGAUUUGUGAGCAUCACAUUUUAUUGCAUGAACGGGAAUUAGAUGGAAUGAAAUUGAAUAUAUCGCCUGAAUUUAUUUA